CUCGGUUGGCUUUUGAAAAUUUCAGUGAUCCCAACUUAAAUUUAUUAUAUUAAUGUCAAAUGUCAUCGUUAAUGUUAUAAAUAAAUAUUGUCCAUUUUGUGUUUUUUGCUCUAGUACGUACCUCUUCUAAUAAAAAUGGAUAUAAUUGCACUGCACUUAAAAGACAUUAAAGUACCAGAUACCAGUAGUAAAGUCUACAAAGAUGAAUGCAUUUUUUCUUUUGAUAACCCAGAAACCAACACUGGAUUAUAUGUAAGUUUAACUACCUUUCUUGGGCUAGGACGAGAUCACGUUGAAAAGUACUUUGAAAAAACUUGCCAAGCUGUAUUUUUACAUAUAAGAAGAGAAAAAUAUGAGGUUUCAUCACCACAACAGGGGGAUGGACCUGAGAAAAAAAUUACUCGUUUAGCAAUAGGAGUAGCUGGAGGGUUUGAUCCAACAUCUAGUAAAAAGUAUGAAUACCAGGAUUUCUACCAAAUUGUAGUGUUACCCAACUUCACUACUUUCAAGUGGCCCAAUGAAGAAUUGCCAGAAAUAGUCAAACUAUCUGUAAAGGCCAUUAUUGAUUUACCAUCAGCUAGUAAAUUAGCAGAAAUUGAAGCCCUAAGUGGAACUUGGGACGGUGAAGUUAGAGCAGUCUCAAAGCAUGCUCAUGGUCUUAAACAACUUGACAAUGGUAUCAAAAUUCCACCAACUGGUUGGAAAUGUGAAAAAUGUGACAAGACUGAUAAUCUAUGGCUGAACCUUACUGAUGGUAGUAUUUUGUGUGGUAGAAAGUUCUAUGAUGGUUCUGGAGGUAACAACCAUGCUAUAGAGCAUUUCAAAGCUACAGGACAUCCAUUAGCUGUAAAGUUAGGAACAAUUACUAAAGAUGGGAAAGCUGAUGUGUUCAGUUAUAGUGAGGAUGAUAUGGUAGAGGAUCCAAAUCUGAUACAGCAUUUGGCUCAUUGGGGAAUCAAUAUUGCCAAUAUGGAAAAAACUGAAAAAUCAAUGUUAGAACUUGAACUAGAAUUAAACCAAAAAACCAAUGAAUGGGCAGCCUUGCAAGAAAGUGGUGGUGCUCUAAAACCCAUCUAUGGCCCUGGAUAUACAGGUUUGGUUAAUAUGGGUAAUUCGUGCUAUUUGAACAGUGUCAUGCAAAUGCUUUUUGUAAUACCUGAUUUUAUCCAUAAAUACUAUGAUGCAGGCAAUGAAUAUUUUAAAAAUGCUGGUCUAGAUGCUCCAGAUGACUUCAAUGUUCAAAUGGCCAAAUUAGCCCAUGGUCUUCUUUCUGGUAAAUACUCAGUUCCUCCUCCCUCUGGAUCUCCUGUAGAUGCCGAUCCACCUGGAAUAUGCCCUCAAAUGUUUAAAAACCUUGUUGGUCGAGGUCAUCCUGAAUUCUCUACCAAAAAACAACAGGAUGCUCAAGAGUUUUUACUUCAUAUUUUCACUCUAUUGGAGCGUUAUUCAAAGAACUCCUUUAAUCCUGGUGAUUGUUUCAAAUUUCAGGUGGAAGAAAGAUUUCAAUGUGGCUCUAGUAAAAAGGUGAAAUAUUUAACUAGAUCUGAGCUUAUAUUGUCACUUUCUAUACCAAUUGAUGCAGCAAUUAACAAGGAUGAGGUUUCUGCAUAUGAGGCAAGAAGAGCUGAGGCUGAAUCUCAUGGAAAACGUUUAGAACCUGAGUCAAUUGUAAGGCCAAAAAUUAAAUUUUUCUCAUGUCUAGAAUCUUUUACACAAUCCGAACUUAUCAACAAUUUUUAUAGUUCUGCUGUUAAGGAAAACGUAACAGCAAGGAAAACAACGAGACUUUCUUCCUUCCCUGAUUUUCUUGUUAUACAUCUCAAGAAAUUCACACUAAGGGAAGAUUGGGUACCUAUUAAAUUAGAUGUUUCUAUAGAGAUGCCUGAUAUUUUGGAUAUUUCUACACUUCGAGGGGCUGGUCCUCAACCCGGUGAAGAGUUAUUACCAGAACUAGAAGCACGACCACCAGCACCACCUAUGGACGAGGGUGUUAUUAGUCAGUUGACAGAUAUGGGUUUCCCAAUCGAAGCCUGCAAACGAGCGAUAUUCAACACUGGUAACUCAGGUCUAGAAGCGGCUACUGCAUGGAUAAUGGAACACAUCGCUGAUUCUGAUUUUACUGAUCCUUUCAUUCCUCCCGGACUCGAAACUUCUAAGUUCGAACCGAAUCCGGACGCUUUAGCCACUAUAAUUUCCAUGGGAUUUACCCCGGAUCAAGCCAAAAAAGCUUUGAAAGCUACUGAUAAUAACGUUGAACGAGCAAUGGAUUGGAUAUUUUCACAUCAGGAUGAAUUAGAUGACGUUAAAUCGCCACCAGCUCCGCAAUUCAGAGACGGGGAUGGAAAAUACAAAUUGGUGGGUUUCAUUUCCCACAUGGGUACUUCGACGAUGGUGGGCCACUACGUUGUUCAUUUAUUAAAAAAUGGUCAAUGGAUUAUAUUCAAUGAUAGUAAAGUUGCCAUGUCAGAAAAUCCUCCAAAAGACUUAGGUUAUAUGUAUUUAUAUGAAAGAGUGUAAUUGUGAUUAUUUUACAGAGUGUCCGGAAUUAAUAACAAAACGAUAAGCCUAGAUAUUUUCCACAAAAUAAGCAACAAUGAUAACCAUAGAAAUUAUAACAUGUUACGAAGAAUUAGUGGAUGUACUGUAUUUUAUUUCUAUAGAGCUUCAUAAGAUAUAUACAGUAAUUCCAGGGACUCUGUAUUGCUGGAUACAUUUACUUUUUUACAUUAAUUGUUUCUACUUGUUGAGAAUAAAAUUUAACCAACGA